CACCAAUGGAUGACACCGAGAAACUCGGCGGACGAAGUAGCCGUCCUACAUCCUCGGAUUCAGAACGUACCUCGAUCAGCAUGUACAGCAACACUCCUCUACAUGCAGCUCACAUUAUAGAUCACAAAGCUCAAAGAUAUCCGCACAGUAUCGUCUGGACGCCCAUUCCUUGCCUCACAUGGCUGUUUCCAAUUAUAGGUCACAUGGGCAUUGCCAUGACAUCAGGGGUGAUUCGUGACUUUGCUGGUCCUUAUUAUGUCUCCGAAGACUGCAUGGCCUUUGGAAGACCAACAAAAUACUGGCAGCUGGACAUGAGUCAGGUGAAGGGGGGUAAGGACAGCUGGGAUAGAGCGGUGGCUGAUGCGUCUGAGGAAUACAAGCACAGAAUGCACAACUUGUGUUGUGACAAUUGUCAUUCACAUGUUGCCAUGGCGCUUAACCUCAUGCACUACAGUGACAGCUCUACCUGGAAUAUGGUCAAACUCUGUUUUCUCAUGUUGAUCCAUGGCAAAUAUGUCAGUGCAUGCGGUUUCAUCAAGACGUGGCUGCCAUUUUUUAUAAUGGUGGGAGUGAUUUUAACCAUUGUUCUGGCCGUUCAGUUGUAACCUGGGCAGGUCAACCUCUCAACUCGGAUUUCAGGGAAUUAAUCGUCACCACGAGCAGAACAGCGGGAAUCCAAUCCCCUACCUGCUCCUAGUUACUUCUGCCUUUCUACACCCACCUUUUAUAGACCUUACCAUUGUCAGGCCUUGCAUUUGGCUGAACAUUCACCUUAACUUUCAUCGGCUUAAAGUCAAUCAAAUUGACAGAGAUAGUUGCUGUGACUAGUUUUUCAUAACUUAAUUAGAACUGCACAUGUAGAGGCAUUAAUUGUAAUUUGUUGUGCAGAGAUGAAUGUUUCAGGAAUCUGAAUUAAAACCAGAUCAUUGUAACCUGCUAGGCUAAACAACAAUCUAGCUGUUUUCCGUUUUAAGAGAAGCAGGUUACGGGCGUAUGGGAUCUGAUUUUAAACAGAUUGAAUGUGUCUUGUGGCAAAGACUGGUGAUCAUUAUAUCUGUAAAUUUCUUCGAUUUAGUUUGUUCAAGGAACUUUAAUAAUUAUCAGAAUUAUCAUGAAAAAUUCCAGGUAAUAGAUUUUUGACCAUGGCACAAUUUUCAGGUAUCAAACUGGACAUCACAUAGAGUUGUUUUACUUUGUAACCGUAUUUUCUUCAUUUGGGAUUGGGUAGCCUCCGCAGGUGAGAGGUAAGGGUGCCAGUGCCAUGCAGUGACUCAGGAGCCUCUCGUACGGUUGCUGUGAGUUCAAAUCCAGCUUAUGAUGGCUUCCUCUCAGGUCGUGUGUGGGAAGAUCUGCCAAUAACCUGCGGAUGGUCAUGGACUUCCCCUGGGCUAUACCCUCUACUUCCUCCUACCAUAAUGCUGGCUACCGUUGUUUAAGUGAAAUAUUCUUCAGUACGGCAAUAAGACCAAUCAAAUAAAUAAAUUAAAAAAUAUAGAUAGAGAAAAACACAGCUUCUCAGAAAUCUGCCACAGUUCUAAACUUGAUUGUUUCUAAUAGAUUAAUACUUUUUAGUUUUCAGUGUAGCAUUGUGAAAAUAUGGUGAUGUCCACAAAUCCCAUGGCAGCUCACCUGCAAACUGAUAGUUGGGCUGCAGUUGAAAAUGAUUGUUGUCAUAGAGGAUCAUUGAUUCUAAGCUCAUGGAUUCAGUGGUUAUUUUGUAAAGUCUACCAUACUUUGCAUCGACAUCAUUUUGAAUUCUUAUGUGGAAUGUGUUAAAUUUCCUAGAUGAACUAAUUGGCAUCUGGUGCAAGAAUAUCUUUUUCAAGGGAAAAUUAUUCUAGGUGGCAAAUAUUUGGGGUUUGGAAGGGGAGAGUGUGGGGAAGGGUAUGGUGACCUUAUCUGGUUUUAUUGUUAUUCUACCUUUAGAUUGUUCUAAAUGUGGUAUUCAUUUUUGUGACGUGUUCUUUUUAUCUUACAACAUGUACAAAGACUACGUUGUUCAGAUGAGAAAUGAAUAUACAGUUCAUCUAGUCACAAUUUGGAUGGAUUUACAUGUAUGAACUAUGAAUCCAUUUAGACUUCUGCAUGAAAAUGGAAUAGAAAAUUUAUAGAUCUGAGAGAUGUUAAUUUUCUUUGAAAAAAUUUCUUGAUUUGUACUUUACAUACAUGUUUAUUAUCAGUAUGUCUCAGAUAUGUAAAAUCGUUGUGGUGAAUGUUGUAGAUGCGUGUACCUGUACAGUUUGGUCUCCCUUUCAGAUGUAUUUAUGUGUUGCUUUUAAUAAACUAAUUUCAAAAUUUUGCUUCAUUGAACUCACAAAAAAUUUGAAUUUCUGAAAUUGGAUUCCUUUGAAUGAUAUCUACAACAUGUUCCACAGAUCAUAUGUUUUGGUUGGACAUUUGUACCAGAUGUGUUAGAAGAGCCUGUGUUGUGUUGACAGUGCAUAUGUAAACAUAAGACACCCUGCUUCUAGUACUUUGCCUAUCCUUGUUAACAACCAUGCGCUACUUUUCCCCUCA